CUGUUGCUCUCCGACGGCUGCAGGCCAGUAGCGCCCAUUCGACCGCCGCCUCUCGCUCGGCCGCUCGCCGCCGCCGCCGCCAAUGGAGAGCCUCCGGCUCGCCGUCUCCCACCGCCCGGCUCUCCCACUCCCUAUUCCCCAUGGCCACCUCCGGCGCGGCCAUCUCCAGCUCCAGCCGUCGCCCAAUUCUCUCUCCCUCUCGCUCCCCAUCUCUCCCCACCUCACCCUCUUCCCCACCACUCGCCGCCACCUCCCUCCGAUCCUCGCCUCCGCGUCAGCCUCUGCGGUCGCGAAACCUAGCCCGGACCCGAAGCCCGCGGCGGCGGCGGGCGGCGCGAAGCCGCUGCCCCUCCUCAUCUCGCUCGCCGCCGGCCUCGCCGUCCGCUUCCUCGUGCCGCGCCCCGCCGAGGUGACCCCACAGGCGUGGCAGCUCCUCUCCAUCUUCCUCUCCACCAUCGCGGGGCUCGUCCUCGGCCCGCUGCCCGUCGGCGCGUGGGCGUUCCUCGGCCUCACCGCCACCGUCGCCACGCGCACGCUCCCCUUCACCGCCGCGUUCGGGGCCUUCACCAACGAGGUCAUCUGGCUCAUCGUCAUCUCCUUCUUCUUCGCGCGCGGAUUCGUCAAGACCGGCCUCGGCGACCGCGUCGCCACCUACUUCGUGAAAUGGCUGGGGCGCAGCACGCUGGGUCUGUCCUACGGGCUUGCCAUCAGCGAGGCGUUCAUCGCGCCGGCCAUGCCCAGCACCACGGCAAGGGCAGGAGGGGUUUUCCUUCCCAUCGUCAAGUCGCUGUCUCUCGCGUCGGGCAGCAAGCCGAACGACCCAUCGGCAAAGAAGCUGGGCUCCUACCUUGUGCAAUCGCAGUUACAGGCUUCUAGCAACUCCAGUGCUCUCUUCUUGACAGCAGCUGCGCAGAACCUUCUGUGUCUGAAGUUAGCAGAGGAGCUUGGUGUUAAGAUUGCAAACCCAUGGGUAACUUGGUUAAAGGUUGCUAGUUUGCCAGCAAUUGUUGGGCUUUUAGUGACUCCUUAUUUGUUAUACAAAAUAUUUCCCCCUGAAAUAAAGGACACUCCUGAUGCCCCAGCAUUAGCUGCUCAGAAACUAAAGAACAUGGGCCCAGUAACAAGAAAUGAAUGGGUCAUGAUUGGUACAAUGAUUCUUGCAGUCUCACUAUGGAUUUUUGGGGAAGCUAUUGGCGUAUCGAGUGUUGUUGCUGCAAUGAUUGGACUCUCAAUUCUUCUCCUGCUUGGAGUGCUGAACUGGGAGGAUUGUUUGAAUGAGAAGUCUGCAUGGGACACCUUAGCUUGGUUUGCUAUUCUAGUUGGCUUGGCUGGGCAACUUACCAGCGUGGGGAUUGUGUCAUGGAUGUCAAAUUGUGUUGCCAAUGUUCUCCAGUCCUUCUCAUUGAGUUGGCCUGCAGCAUUUGGUGUUCUUCAGGCCUCGUACUUCUUUAUUCACUAUUUGUUUGCAAGCCAGACAGCGCAUGUUGGAGCUUUGUUCUCGGCAUUUCUUGCCAUGCAUUUAGCAGCCGGUGUACCAGGUCAACUGGCAGCGCUUGCUUUGACAUACAACGCAAAUCUCUUUGGUGCACUCACUCACUAUAGUAGUGGGCAAGCUGCAGUAUACUAUGGAGCGGGAUAUGUUGACCUUCCUGACGUAUUCAAGCUGGGUUUUACAACAGCCGCACUCAAUGCUGUAAUCUGGGGAGUUGUUGGUGCAUUCUGGUGGAAAUUUUUGGGGCUUUAUUAAGUCUCGGAGCAGUGUUAUUUCAUGAAAAUUUCACCUUACUAAACCAGUAAAUCAUGAUCCAUUGGAGGGGCGUCAUUUUUUCUUCUGAGGCGCUUGAUGACGCAUAAUAAUAGAGUGAUGUCCAUCUUAGAAGUUUUUGGCCUUGCUACAUUUGCACAAAAUAAUCAACCCAGAAAGCAGAUGCGUUUCGGAAGGUGAUUAAUACCCAUCUUAUAUCUCCUUGAUGUACUAUCAUAUCCCCCACAGGGGAAUUAAUGGCAUGUGUUUUGGUGCCUCAAAUCUUGUGUUUUGAGAUUGAUUCUCCCCACGAAGGGAAUUAAGUGCGUGAACGAGUGAUGAUGCCUCA